AUGGUGUUAAGGAGCAUAGAAAAUUUGAGCAGGAUUAGCGUUAUUCUUCUUGCAAUGUAUAGUCGCUUACCAACCGGUUACAUCACGAAGUCCACAAUAAUAAUUGUCAGUGGAGGAGUGUUAGGGUAUGGCGCCUUGGAAGUAUUGUGGGGAUCGGAAACGUUCUACAGAAAGGCGGUGAUGCCUGUCAUUCACAAGUACGUUGAUGGGGAAACGGCGCAUAAUCUGGCUAUUAAAGCAGCCUCGUGGGGUCUCCUUCCUCGAUUCGGACCAAAUCGGAAAGAAUAUCCUGAAUUGGAAUGUGAGUUCCUUGGGAAGCAUCUGAGCAAUCCCAUCGGGUUAGCAGCUGGGUUCGACAAAAAUGGUGAAGCUAUUCGUCCUUUGGCGGAACAGUCAGGAUUCGGCCUUAUCGAAGUAGGAUCCAUAACUCCCAUACCACAGCCAGGAAAUCCGAAACCUCGAGUGUUUCGUCUCCUCGAAGAUGAGGGAGUUAUAAACCGUUACGGUUUCAACAGUGAUGGUGCCACAAAAGUUUUAAAACGUGUCAAAGCUGCAAGAGCUCAUUGGAGGGAUAAAUCUGCUGUAUUUGGUAUUAACCUUGGGAAGAACAAGACAACCGGUGAUGCCAAAGUUGAUUACGAGAUUGGUAUCAAUUAUUUUGCUCCAUAUUGCGAUUACCUUGUUAUCAACGUUUCAUCGCCCAACACUCCUGGUCUUCGCUCCAUGCAAAAGAAAUCUGACCUAGAAAAUUUGCUUUUGCACACAAAAUAUGUCAUUGAUGCCAAGAAAUUGGAUACCCGGCCGAAGGUUUUGCUCAAAAUUGCACCCGAUCUCAUAGAUUCUGAAAGGAAGGACAUUGCGCAGGUAGUUAUUGAUCCCAAGUACGGAGUUGAUGGUUUAAUCGUCUCGAACACCACAAUAUCACGUCCAGAAGGUUUGGCAAGUGAACACAAAACAGAGGCAGGGGGAUUAAGUGGUGCUCCAUUGCGGCAGUUGAGCACAGAAUGUGUGAGGGAAAUGUAUAGGUUCACUAAGGGACAAAUACCAAUAAUCGGAUGCGGUGGAAUUGCCAGUGGAGAAGAUGCUUAUGAGAAAAUACGUGCGGGUGCAUCAGUGGUUCAGCUGUAUUCUGCUUUUGUCUUUCAAGGAUUUCCUGUCAUCGGAAAGGUUAAAAGAGAGCUAGCCGAACUAUUGAGAAGGGACGGCUUUGCAAACGUCACAGAGGCGAUUGGUGCAGAUCACCGGUUAUUCGUCCGUUAUUACUUCGUUGCUUCUGAAAGUGUUCUCUGCCCGCAUCAUUUGAACUGUUACAAGAUUUGGGACGUUUCUAGAUUAAGUGUAUUCUAUGUGAUGAUUACCGUUCCACAUUGGAGAAUUGCUCGGCAAGAGAUUGUUUCGAAGCGGUUCGCGUUUUUGGGAUCCUAUCCUCCGUGUCCAUGGUAUCGUCCAUUAAAAACUGAGUUUACUGCUUUGAUAAACGUGACUCCAGAAGAGCAGGAGCAUUUUAUGAAUGAUGAAAUGCGAAUGUUUUUAGCAGGAUACGAAACAGAAAACGUUCGCUUUGGUUAUAGCACUGAUUCUGAUGCUCCGGUUUCGCUCAAAGUUAAUCCUUCGCUUGACCCUUUUAUGAGGUCUGCUGUUGAAAGGUUUAAGAACGUGCUCAUCGACAUCUGGCAUAUACGAACGUACGGCUAUGAUCUGAAACACGAUCGCUCUUUUUCACUGACCGCACGUGCAGUUGCUUACGAAGUCGUCAAACGCCUGAACGAACUUCUACUACCUCUAAUUGAAACUGACGAGUAUGACCUCGCUGACUAUGGCUUAAAUACCCUCAGUCGAAGUGUUUCUGCUGUGAAAUCUUCUAUUAAAGUAUAUGCAGAUAUUAUAAAAGCUAUAAAAAAGGAAAUGCUUAUCGGCGGACAAGUUCUGACUAUGUUAUAUCGUGCGCGCGAAGAAGCUAUUAUAGUGAAAGAUAUCAAAGAUCUUUCUGAAAUUUUUGAGGUUGCUUGGAAAAUGUUUUCGUGUCGAGUAGGAACGUGGGUAGAGCAAGGCUUAGUGGAUGACUGUGAAUUUGAGUUCAUUAUCUGGCCCACGUCGGCUCUUUCAUCAUCGGCGAUAUCGAAGAUCAUGUCAUCGUCGAAGCUGAAACUUGAUUCGAAAGACUAUAUUCUGAUAGAAGAUUUGUGUCCUUCGUUUAUGCAGCGGCUCCUUCCAUCUAUUGCAAAAUGUGGCAACUAUAUUUAUAUGAUGGAGAAGACACGAACAAGAGAUCCCUUAUCCGUGGAUUGGGCGAAGCUCGAUAUCAUUGGCUUGCAAAGAAAGGUGAAAGAGAUAGAAAAAGUGAAGUCAGCAUUGGUACUGAAGCAGUUGCGCACUUCAAUUUCCUUCGACAAUGCAAUACGGGACACCAUGACAUUACUACUUAAAGGUAGAGAUCUUGAUGUUCUGAUAAGAGCAAAAGAACCAAUCAUUUAUAGACCUGUUGAGGAAGUUUCCAAACAACAAUUGCGACGACUUUCUGAUUUAUUUAUAAAGGGUCUUGCGGUGAAAUUCCCGUUUGUCUCAAACUUCAAGCUGUCAUCCUCUUCUACCAAUGUCUUUGAAGAAUUGCGUACUUCUGGUCUUAUAGUCGACGCUCCCAAAGAGCCACUCCCGACGAAAGAACAGCCUAUAAUUCUCGAUUUGUUGACACUUACCUAUACUCCUCCAUCGAAGAUGGAAAAGUUGAUUCCUCCAUACGUAGUGAGCCUGUACACCCUCGUGUUUCGAGUGUACCUACAAUUACAUGCGGCUAUCAACUGCUUAUCUGACGCAAUGUUCGAGCUGGGUUUAACCAGAGAUCCUGCAAAUUAUCGCCGUUGUGCAAUUCUUACAUCUUUGCAUCGCAACGUUCUUGAUCUAACUGUGAGCAUUGCUGAUGCGGUUACCCGUGCUAUUAUGGAUUUUGAGAUUCAGAUGGCUAAGGCUGAUAGUGUUGAUGCUGUACUACAACUUCAGAGGGUUGUCCUGGAUCAGAUAUUCAAGGAAAGCCGAAUGGAUCAGUGGAAAAGGGUGGCCUAUCUGCAACGUUUGGUGGACCUCAUUUCUACAGCAGGGUUGAACGGGCUUUUACACUCAUUUUCCCUCAAUGAAGAAUACUAUGCGAUACUGGAGGAAGUAGAAUCGAUGCUGCUCACUGAAUAG